AUGAAUUUCGUCAAGCCACCAGAAUUCAACGUUGGAGAUUCGUGGCCGCUUUAUGAAGAACGCCUGAAGCGAUUUUUUGUGGCGUAUGGAAUCGAAGAAGCGGAAGACGAACGGCGAGCUGCUUUCCUGUUGACGGCGGUUUCCAUGGAAGUCUAUCAAAUCGUGAAAAAUUUGUGCUUCCCGAAGCUUCCUGAAGAAAAGAAGUUUUCCGAGGUCUGCGACUUGCUGAAGCAGCGGUUUACCCCGACGCUGGUUGUGUUCCGAGAGCGAGCACGGUUUUUUGAAGCCCGGCAAGGUGACGCGGAAUCGAUAAUGGAAUGGUCCACGAGGUUGAAGAAGCUAGCAGCCAAUUGCGAUUUUGGAAUAGAUCUGGACGUGUUCAUCAAGAACUUGUUCGUGGUUGGACUACGUCGCGGUCCACUAUUCGAGCGAGUAUGCGAGGAAGAAGCGACGGCCAGCUUCGACGUUUUGAUAAAGAUCGCACUGAAGAAAGAAUCGACCCUCCAACAGCGUGGCGUUUUGGACGUGCACAAGAUCCAGCAAGGUGCGGAGAAGAAGCAGUGCAAGAGUGAUUCACGGUGUUUCGCCUGCGGAAGAGGUGAUCACGAUUUCCGGAAAUGCCAAUACAAGAGUUACGUGUGCAAGCUUUGCGAUAAGAAGGGACACCUUGCCAAGGUGUGUCCCACUAAGGAUUCGGAGCAAUCAAAGGAGAAGAAGAAGCCGUGUGGACAGAAGCGAAGCCCCAGGAUCAGCCAUUUGAGGAUCAACAAGCUGGAAGUGCCCCCACCGGUUAUGGUUGGUAUCAGUGUCAACGGAUGUCCUUUGUUUUCUGCGAUACCGUUGGACACCGAUUCGAGAGAGGAAUUCGUCUGUUACAACGGGUCUGGUUUCCGUGCGGUUGGCACAUUCAAGGCGGAGCUGCGGUACAACGAGCACGUGUCCAAGGAAGAGCUCUACGUUUUCGAGGGAACGAGGCAGCCACUGCUCGGACGGCAAACAAUGUCCCGUUGGAAUUUGAAGAUCGAUUUUUGCCACGUGUCGGAAAAGAAGGUUGACUGCAAGGAGCAGUUGAAGCCAUUGCUGCUGAAGCAUGCUGAAGUAUUCGAAGGUGAGUUGGGCUGUUUCAAGCAUGGCAAGGUACAUUUGUCCCUGAAGGAGGAUGCAGUUCCUAAGUUCUGCAAGCCAAGAAAGGUGCCGUUCGCGUUCAAGGAGAAGGUGGAAGCGGAGCUGGAUCGACUGGAAGAGUCCGGCAUUAUUUCGAAAGGGCCAUCAUCAGAAGCUGAAUGGGGUACACCGCUAGCCCCCGUUCUGAAGAAGGAUUCGUCCAUCAGGCUGUGUGCAGAUUAUCGGAUCACGGUCAACCCGUUCUUGGUGGACAACCGUCACCCUUUCCCGGUGAUAGACGAGAUUUUUGCGGCGCUGCAAGGAGGUAAAUAUUUUUCGAAGCUCGACCUGAAGAACGCCUAUUAUCAGCUAGAGGUGGACGCAGACACAAGGCAUCUGCUGGCUUGGAGCACGCACAGAGGUGUGUACCUGAUGAACCGGCUGCCAUUCGGAACCAAGACAGCCUGUGCCAUUUUUCAAGCGACGUUGGAGAAAGUUCUACAAGGCUGUCGUGGCACAGUCAGUUAUCUGGACGACGUUAUGGUGUCAGGUAGAACCGUGGAAGAACACCUGGAAAACCUGAAUGCGGUGCUAACGCGACUCAAAGAAGCGGGAUUUGUACUGAACAUGCAGAAGUGCGAAUUUUUCAAACAAGAAGUCGGUUAUCUUGGUCACGUCAUCGACCAGGAUGGCCUGCACAAGGACCCUGAAAAAGUUCAAGCAAUCAUGGAUGUCAAACCGCCGAAGGAUGUCAAGGAAGUUCGAGCAUUCGUGGGCCUAGCCAACUAUUAUGCGAAGUUUUGCCCAAGUUUGGCCCAGUGUAUGAAACCGUUGUACGAGCUGCUGAGGGACGACGUGAAGUUUUCUUGGACGGAGAAUCGGCAGAGAGCGUUUGCAGUCAUCAAGAAGCUGCUCUCGGAGGACACGGUACUGGUGCAUUACAACUCGGACAUGCCGAUCAAGUUAUACUGCGACGCUUCGAACGAAGGAAUUGGAGCUGUUAUCGUUCAUGAGUUUCCGGACAAGAGUGAACGACCAAUAUCAUUUGCAUCGAGGGUGUUCAAGAAGCAUGUAGCAGGAUAUUCCGUGAUCGACAAAGAAGCAUUGGCCAUAUAUUACGGAAUCAACAAGUUCAACACUUACCUGCAAGGACGACAUUUCAAGCUCAUGACGGAUCACAAGCCUUUGACAAGCCUCUUUAGUCCUAAGGGUGUUCCGGAGACAGCAGCUGGACGUCUGCAGCGAUGGGCAGUUUUCCUGUCGAACUGUGACUACGAGAUUCAACAUGUGAAAGGAGUUCGAAACGUUCCAGCGGAUUUUUUGUCAAGGCACCCCAUUGGUAACGACGGAAGCAAAGAAGACGAGGACGAAGCGGUAAGUUUCCUGAAUUUUGUGGAAGCUGAGACCCGUUCAUUGGUGGAGCGCAAGCAGAUCAUCGUCGAAAGCCGCCGUGACAAGUUGUUGAGCCGUGUAGCUGAAUACGUUAAAUCUGGUUGGCCGCAAAUGAUCCAAGAAGAGGACCUGAAGGUUUUCCACCGGAAGCGAGAUGAGCUGAGCGUUGAAGAAGGAGUUCUACUUUGGGGCUACCGGAUUGUAGUUCCGACCAAGCUGAGGAAGUUUUUGCUAGACGAGCUCCAUUCAGUCCACCUGGGGAUCGUGAAGAUGAAGAGUUUGGCCAGGUCAUAUUUUUGGUGGCCAUCCCUGGACAAAGAAAUCGAGGACAUGGGUAGGAAGUGCGAGAUGUGCAUGCAGCAGCGACCAGAGCGAAGCGAUCCAAUUUCCCCGUGGCGUUUAACCAGCGCCCCCUGUGAUCGAGUCCACGUUGAUCAUUUUUCGUUUCGUGGUGCUGAGUUCCUGGUGAUGGUGGAUAGCCACAGCAAGUGGAUCGAGGUGUUUCCAGUACGCACGCUGACUUCGAAGGAAACAGUGGAGAAGAUCUCCGAAUUCAUCGGCAGAUUCGGUUCCAUCGGUACACUGUUGAGCGCAUAUCUGGAGAUGUAUCGCGCCACCAAGCACGCGACAACCGGUGAAAGUCCCUUCAAGUUGAUGUUCGGAAGAGAGAUGAGAAUCCGUUUCGACAAGCUGAAGGUAAAUCACGAAAAACGACAACGCGAGAAGAUUGAAGAACACCACCUCAAACAAAAGAGAACGGUAUUCAAGAUUGGUGAGACAGUCUAUGCAAGAGACUACCGAAAUCCGAAGAAGCCACUAUGGGUACGAGCAAAGAUCGUCAAGAAGAUUGGAGCUGUCCUAUACGAGUGCGUUUCGGACGAUCUAGGAAUAAUCAAGCGCAGGAGCCAUCAGUUGUUGAAAUACCCUUUCGAUGACUAUGAUGACGAAGCAAGACAACCCACAGGCGCAGGUGCGCAACCGAAUGAUGCAUCUAGUGAAGAGUCGGAAUACGGCUCGUUGGGCGAGUCAGACACGGAGGAGCGGGCCAGAGAGCAACCACCACCGGCCGGGUCGUACAAUCGAGUUGUGCUGCCACCACGUCGCUUGGGGGAAGAGUAG